AGAGCAUGUCCUUGCCUCGUGCUGACCUGAGGAAUAAGCUUCCAGUUUCUCCCUUUGUUCACCAUGUCACCGUGGCACUGGGCAGAUUCCCCUCCUCCGCUCAUCUACCAGUGAAGAUUUGUCAGGCACCCAAUCUUUGUAUUGGAGCAAAGAACCAAGACAUGGAGACAGUUUCUUGAUUCAAGGAGCAAGUGCCUGGAGGGCCAGCAGCCCUGCAGUGAGUGGUGAGAUGCAGAUACAGUGUCACCGUAGCUGCCACGUGAGCCAGCCCCCGCCCCCUGCUCAGCACUCCUGCUUGGUCCAGAAGAGGUGAUUGCCAUAAAUCCCAGAGGACGCAGAGCCCGAUCCCUGUGGCAGUCUCCAAGCAGUGUCGUGUCCAGCACCGAGAGACACGGCCGCUGUUGCCACCGCCACCCGGCGCUCUGUAGGCUCUUGGAAACAGCCCUUGCCGCCCGCGGGCACCAGACGCUUUCUGCCCCAGCUCCGGGACUGAAGGGCUCAAGGCGUCCACCGCUCCGGGUCCCGGCGCAGUGCACGCCAGACAUGCUGCCUCCUGGGCGCAAUGGCACCGCGUACUGGGCUCGGUUCAGGCUGCAGCAGCAACUGGUUCAGGGGGGCGCCUUGGGCGGCUCAGCUGGGGCCGCGCCCCUGGGACCAUUGCAGGUGGUCACCGCCGGCCUCCUGACACUCCUCAUUGUCUGGACCCUGUUUGGCAACGUGCUGGUCUGCGCCGCCAUCGUGCGCAGUCGCCACCUGCGUGCCAAGAUGACCAACGUUUUCAUCGUGUCUCUGGCAGUGUCCGACCUCUUUGUGGCACUGCUGGUCAUGCCCUGGAAGGCAGUCGCCGAGGUGGCUGGUUACUGGCCUUUUGGGGCAUUCUGCGACGUCUGGGUGGCCUUUGACAUCAUGUGCUCUACGGCCUCCAUCCUGAACUUGUGCAUCAUCAGUGUGGACCGCUACUGGGCCAUCUCUAGGCCCUUCCGCUAUGAGCGCAAGAUGACCCAGACCGUGGCCUUAGUCAUGGUGGGUCUGGCUUGGACCUUGUCCAUCCUCAUCUCCUUCAUUCCAGUCCAGUUCAACUGGCACAGAGACAAGUCGGGCUCCCGGGGCCAGGAGGACCUUCCAUCCAACCUGGCCAAUGGGACGCCCUGGGAGGAAGCCGGGGAGCCCAAUGCGAGGGCAGAGAACUGUGACUCCAGCCUGAACCGAACCUACGCCAUCUCCUCCUCACUCAUCAGCUUCUACAUCCCUGUGGCCAUCAUGAUUGUGACCUACACGCGCAUCUACCGUAUCGCGCAGGUGCAGAUCCGCAGGAUCUCCUCCUUGGAGAGGGCCGCGGAGCAUGCGCAGAGCUGCAGGAGCAGAGCCCCAGGAGAACCCGACACCAACCUGCGGGCUUCCAUCAAGAAGGAGACCAAGGUCCUCAAGACCCUGUCUGUGAUCAUGGGGGUGUUCGUGUGCUGCUGGCUGCCCUUCUUCAUCCUCAACUGCAUGGUUCCCUUUUGCAACGGGGACCAGCAGGCCGGCUUCCCCUGUGUCAGCGAGACCACCUUCGAUGUCUUUGUCUGGUUUGGCUGGGCCAACUCCUCACUCAACCCUAUUAUCUAUGCCUUCAACGCUGACUUCCGGAAGGUGUUUGCACAGCUGCUGGGGUGCAGUCACCUCUGCUCCCGCACGCGUGUGGAGACGGUGAACAUCAGCAAUGAGCUCAUCUCCUACAACCAAGACACGGUCUUCCACAAGGAGACUGUAGGGCCCUAUAUCCAUAUGAUUCCCAAUGCGGUGGCGCCCGGAGACAGGCAGGUGGACAACGAGGAGAAGGAGGAGGAGGGCCCUUUAGAUCACUUAUCUGGGACCUUUCAGACGCCCCCAGAUGGUGAUCCUGCUGCCGAAUCUGUCUGUGAUCUGGACUGCGAGGGGGAGAUUUCAUUAGGCAAAAUAACACCUUUCACCCCAAAUGGAUUGCCUGAAACUGCAUAAGAAGUGCCCCACAGACCUCUGUGAGCAUACACUCUUGCUCAUCAUGUACACAUUCUCAGCGCUGCUGGGUUCUUCACUGUUCUGUCUCUGUGUGCACAUGCUUAGAAGCUCUGCCCUAUUGAUUCUUAUCUGAAAGCAUUGGCAGAAGCAGUGGGAAUAAUCUGGGUCAAAUAGAUCCAGCCUAGCACAGAUGGACCAGAGGUCCUAGAAGAAAAUGGGGAGCUGGUCCUUUAAAGAUACACUCUCCCUUCCCCUUUCAAACAAAGAACUUGUUCAGUGAUUAUUUGGUUGGCUGAGUUUUAAACACAUGUUCAGGGUGUGAGUGGUGAUGCUGGGGUGCAGUGGGGUGUCUGCGUCUUGCUUCUCUGAUCCUAUGCUCCUGCAGGGUCUUUACUGAGGCCUCAGUGCUUCUGGUGUCUGAUAAACACAAGGCAUGUGUACGGUGGGGUGAAUCCUGCUGCUUGGCAAGGCUGGUUUUCAGGACUGCCCCUGGAGAUGCCAUGGCAUGCCCCCCCCCCCCCCAGAAUUGGGAUUUGAGUACACCCUUAAAAAGCACCAAAAAUGUUUGCUGGGUGUAGAAGCGUGUAUUUAUUUUGACCUUAAAUGAACACACAGGACAAAGAACCUUGAAGAGCUUCCGAUUUCUUUUUGUUAGAUGAACACGUUCCAAGUAUGUAUUGAAGGCUGGUUUCAUAGCUACGGCAUUAGAUAUGUGGACUUCUUAAGCCUGGGGCUCUGAUUUUUUUUUCUCACUUGGCAUUUUCUAUUGAAAAGAACAUAAGACAUUUCUCCUGAUUCCUAGAUGGUGGCUGUCAGUUCACUGAAGGGGUCAUCCGGGAUAACAGCACUAUUUUCCUCCAUCUCUAAUCUAGGGUGUGUUUUAAAAAGACGCGGCUUUUGGUACACUGUUUUCUGAAGGGCUUUGAGUGGUGUGAGUCAAUACACUUUGAAAAAGAAAUCCCACUGUUAAACAGACACGUUUACUUGCAGACGAUAGUAAAUAAGAGGAUGCAUUUUAACUGAGAUGACAUUGGAAUGAAUUUGAAAUUGGAAAAUCUGCAGGUUGAAUUGCUCAGUAAAAGAGCUCAACUCACACCAAUCUCUGCACUUCCCCCUGCAAUGUGCAGAGCCAAGGCUUCUUACUCCAGCCCCGCUGCAGUGGAGGGCGUGUUAUUGCCAUUAGACUAAAUGUAAAAACUGCUGAUGGGAGCAAAUGGAAUGGGAAUGGGUAGCUUCUCACAAGUCCUGGCUUUGAAGCAGCCUUGUCAAGGGCAGUUCGAUCUGUUCUGGUCCCCUCAAGGAUAAUUUUGUUGUUGGUCUUCUGUGUCACCGUGUCUUGUUCACUGCAGAAUGUGCAGUGCCUGGCGCAUAAUGCUUAAUAAAUAUUUGUUGAAUGAAUAACUAUUUCUGGAACAGUGCGAUGGAAAGCAAAAUCCCAUUUGGCACAUUCAUUUCAUAUUUGAUUUCAUAAAACUGAUACUGGAAUCUGAAA